AUGUCGCCCUCCGCACAGCUAGCCUCCGACGUCCCGGAGAUGAAUCUCUACAAGCUGAACCGGGUUCACCGCACACUUGAGAGUCUCAAGGAGAAGGAUGUCUGGGACGCGGAAGACACCAAGGGGUUUGAUUGCAUGCACUAUCUUGGCGACGAGGCCAUCGAGAACGCCGCCAAAGAGCUCGGUCUGAAGGCCGGGAACCGGGUGCUGGAUAUCGGAUCCGGAUUCGGAGGCACGGGAAGGUACCUCUACCGGCACUACGGCGUGCAGACCACUGGCAUCGAACUUCAGGGGGACAUUCACGAGAUUGCGCAGACGAUCAAUGUCAGGUCUGGGGCCGGCGGGAGCGCCACAUCCAUCAAUGGUAACUUUCUGGAGCUUUCCCCGGAGAAAAUGGGCGCGCCGGUGGACCACAUUGUGUCCUUCUUGUGUAUCCUGCACAUUCCCGAGCGGGAGGCGCUCUUCGGCAAGGCGCAUGAUGUGCUCAAGCCGGGCGGCAGGGUCUACAUUGAAGACUUCUUUGCGCGCCAGACGCUGGAUGACAAGACUCUGAUGGUGCUCCGGGAGUCUGUUUCUUGUCCCGACCUGCCUGACAAGAAGGAGUACAUCGCAGAGCUGGAGAGGGCUGGAUUGGAGGUGGUCAGUUGGGUGGACAUGUCGGACAUCUGGACCGAUUUCGUGCAUGACCGUGCAGAGGCAUACAAAAAGGACCCAUCGGUAGAUGCCGACUUGACUGCCUUCUACGAUGCCGUGGAUGAAGUCUUUACUGGCGGCCAAGUCGGCGGCGCGCGCAUAACGUGUUUGAAGAAAUAA